UUAAUCUAUGAAACUAAAACUUCAAGUAAUAUAGAUAAAACAGAAAACGUAAUAAAAUAAGACAGAGAAACCCUUCUAAAGUGAGGACCAAAAAUAUAAUUUCCUUCAGUUCCCUCUCUUGGCCUCAUGAAGUGAGGCCACACAAAAAUAAAAACACAUUAUCACAUUACACAAUCAAAACAUAUCAGCAUACAUUCAGACAGAAACAUUCUUGUAUAUUAUACACUGAAAAAAAGGAGACAACCGUCUCUUGGAUUAAUCUAAGCAUAUCUGGUGCAUUUAAAACAAUUUCUACAUGUUUUCGAGUGAAAUGUGACUGUAUAAUGUAUAAUCUACAUGAAAUGAAGAGAUUACACAUGGAUUUGUUCACAUCACUUUGGAAUGAAGCAACUCGGUUAUGUUGCAAUACUAAUUAUCGGGAUACCGCACGGGAUUUCAUCUCGCGCGCUAAGGAUUGUUGGAAAAAGAAGGCAACCAUCUCAGUCAAAUCCGAUGCCUCGUGGUACGAUACGUCACACCGCAACUUUCCCGGUAAGUCUUGAAUUUCUAAAUGAAUUGUGACAAAAUCUGAGUCAAAUGUAGCUUAAUGUCUCAGGAGUGACUACAUAACGUUAACGUUGAAAUAAGAUGACGUUAUCACUCUGUUUUAUUUGAAUUUGUCUUUUGAGCUGGAGCGGUCAACCGCGUCGUCACAUUUUUGCGGCGCUCCUAACAUAUUUUGGUCUUCUGUGUGAUUUUUUUUUUUUCUUCAAUUAAUCGAGGUUUACAUUGUGUGUUACCGGCACAUUAGUGUUUGGAGAGAUUUACAUCGAACAGCGUCUGCUAAGUACGACGAAAUUUUGGGGCCACGCUGAAAUUUAUUUUUGUGGAGGAUCAUUAGGAUGAUAUUUUUCUUCCUCACUUAGCAAAAACAGUCGAAAUGUCAAGAUUAUAUUCGAAAUAAAGUCAAAAUAUAAUGUAAGAGUGUCGUAGCCCUUGCGGAGAAAAGGGGUGGGUUGAGCGUGAAAGCGAGAGAGAACGGGAGCGCGUAGCUAGACUGAAAAUUUGUAGCUGGAUAUCUACUGUAUGCCGAGUGUAAAUCGUGGACAAAUAAAGUGAAGAGACUCCUCAUCCAGCCGUGGUCCGAGUCGUCUGUCCACCAGCUAAUUUCUCUGGACGCGGGGUCUCAAACACGAACGCAGCUCGUCCCUGGAGUGGAGCUGAGCGGCUCCCUUGCGUUUACGGUCAUCAAGCGGUGAGCAGUAAAGUUAAUUUCGAGAAUAAAGUCAAAGUGUCAUUCUUCUCACUAAUAAAUGCAGUUUCUAAUACAAUCUUGUUAUGUUGAGAAUGAGACGCUACUGCUGGGUUGUGAUAAAACUUAACGUUUACUAAAAAAUGCUGCGUUACCCGGAAGUCAUGGCAACAGUUACAUACACAACAACAACAAAAAAAUAAUACACAAAUGUUCUGUGUGGCCCUAAAACUCUGUCCUUGCUAAGUGCUUACUUAGUUGGCUGCAUUAUUUUAAUUACUCCUCCCCUGUUUUGCUUCAGAUUGACAAACUCAAGUCAUCUAUUCACCUGGAGUCAGCUGAAAGGCGUGGGCUCAAGUGUUUGUGUGAACAGUGCUACUAGUGUUCCAGUGACAGAGUGAAUGUGGCAAUGCAAGGCCUGCCCUUCAGUUUUUCAAAAUAAACGCAGAGUUCAAGCGCAUUACAACCAUGCCUCUACAGUCAAGGUUUCUGUCGCAGCUUGACUUUCUGUCUGAAAGUCUGCUGAGAGUGUUUUCAAAGCGAUCAGGGAAGCAGGGCAAAAUGUUGAAAGACAUGACAGACAGGAUGAUGGAUGACGUGGAUGCUAGAAGGGAGUCCCUAAUUAAAGGACUUUGCCUCUAUUUGAAUGAGAAUCCUGACAUCUUGGUGCAUGAGUACAUGGACAUGACUGACGUCUCCACUCUAAGUGCCAUUGAGAAAACAACAGCGGGAGUCUAUGUUGCCAAGGAGACACCAGGCAAGGACUUUCCUGAUGUUGGCAUCAUCAUCGAAGGUGUGGUGAUACUUCAGGACCUGGAUAAUGUGGCCCUUGCAACAGCCAUGCUGUUUGAACUUUUUUACUGCUUCAACAUGAGUUACCCGGCACAGCUCCGCUACACUUUUGAGGUGAUUCAAAAGGUGGUCAUGGAAUUGGAUCCGACUGAACUCUCGAGAAAAGCCCAAAACUUAAAGACAAAACUUCAAUAAGGAAAGAUCAUUGUUGUGCAGGUCACAUGUUUAACUAAAGGUAAGAGGACAGUUAUAGUUCACAUACGCCCUCUUCCAUUUUGGACAUUCAAUUUCUAGGUGAAUGAUCAGCAACCCAAAAACCAUCACAUUGUUCAGUGUAGUGUUUAUUAUGUGGGAUGGUUAUAACUGUUUAUCUGCCAUGGAAAAGUAGUGCCAGUUUUUUCUGUUUGAUUGGCAUUGUAUUUCAAUUUAGUUUUUCCAAGUGACAAAAGGAUGAUUGUACACAAUCUGAAAAGGUUUUAGUUUUAAAAAAAAAGUUUUAAUACUUCUAAGGCUAUUUUGAAUCAAGAUGUCACAAUACCAGUGUUGAAAUUUUGGACACUUGCUGUAUUUUUGACUGUUUUUUGUACUGUGGCUUUUGAAAUAAAGCUUUGACAUGCAACUGUUAA